GUAUUUCAAUUUUUUAGCGCGCUUAUGAUUAGAUGACGAGUCGCCACCUUUCCGCCAUAAGAUGGACAAGUUUGAGCGUCGUCUCUGGGAGAUGCGUAAGAAGGCAAACGUCAAACCUUCCCAAGCAUCUGUGCCUGCUCCUGAGGUCACGAAGCUUUUUUCAGCAGCUGACGCUGUUGCCAUGGAGUAUUUCGAGUCUGGUCGAACCGAGUCUGACAUGCGUGUUUUAAAACGUGCCAACUACUACGCGGUGCAUGAAUCUUGGAAAUAUAUCGUCGAGCGCAUCGAUCAAGCUGAUGUUGCUAGCGCGUGCGUGCAGAUGCAAAGUGAUGGCACUAGUAAGCGAAC